GAAGGGCGGGCCGAGAGGGAGGAGCCCGGGGGCGCCCCGCGGCCGGCGCCACCCGCACUCGGAGUUUGAGCCCCGGCGCGGCCCGAGCGCACGCACGCCCCGGGCGCGGGGUCGGAGCGCGCAGCGCGGCGCCGCCCCCCGGCCCUCGGCCCCCCAGCCCGGGCGCCCCCGGAGCGGCGCGCGGAGGGAGGAGGGCGGCCGGGCCGGCGGGCGGCGGACUAUGAGGCGCCCACCAUGGUGCGAUGCGACCGCGGGCUGCAGAUGCUGCUGACCACGGCCGGAGCCUUCGCCGCCUUCUCGCUCAUGGCCAUCGCCAUCGGCACCGACUACUGGCUCUACUCCAGCGCGCACAUCUGCAACGGCACCAACCUGACCAUGGACGACGGGCCCCCGCCCCGCCGCGCCCGCGGCGACCUCACCCACUCAGGACUGUGGCGGGUGUGCUGCAUCGAAGGGAUCUACAAGGGACACUGCUUCCGGAUCAACCACUUCCCGGAGGACAAUGACUACGACCAUGACAGCUCUGAGUACCUCCUGCGCAUCGUGCGCGCAUCCAGCGUCUUCCCCAUCCUCAGCACCAUCCUGCUGCUGCUGGGGGGGCUCUGCAUCGGAGCUGGCCGCUUCUACAGCCGCAGGAACAACAUCGUGCUCAGCGCCGGCAUCCUCUUCGUGGCCGCAGGCCUCAGCAACAUCAUCGGCAUCAUCGUGUACAUCUCCAGCAACACGGGCGACCCCAGCGACAAGCGGGACGAGGACAAGAAGAACCACUACAACUACGGCUGGUCCUUCUACUUCGGCGCGCUGUCCUUCAUCGUGGCCGAGACGGUGGGCGUGCUGGCCGUGAACAUCUACAUCGAGCGCAACAAGGAGCUGCGCUUCCACGCGCGGCGCCAGCUGCUGCCCGCGCCCGCCUCGGCCUCGCCCUACGCGCGGAUGCCCAGCUACCGGCCCCGGCGCCGGCGCUCGCGCUCCAGCUCGCGCUCCACCGACGCCUCGCCGUCGCGGGACGCGUCCCCGCUGGGCCUGAAGCUGGCGGGCGCCAUCCCCAUGGGCGAGCUGUCCAUGUACACGCUGGCCCGGGAGCCGCUCAAGGUCACCACCACGGCCAGCUACAGCCCCGAGCGGGACGCGGGCUUCCUGCAGGUGCACGACUUCUUCCAGCAGGAGCUCAAGGGCGGCCUGCACGUGAGCAUGCUCAACCGACGGACCACGCCCGUGUGAGCCCGCCGCGCCCCCGCCAC